AUGGACCCAGAAGCAACACCGGUGUACCUGGAUUAUUACUAUGCUACAGACCCAAGCACCGAUAUCAAGGACUCUGGCUCCCACAUUCCUUACAUAUCUGUCUUCCUUCCCAUCUUUUACACAGCCGUGUUUCUGACUGGAGUGUUGGGGAACCUCGUGCUCAUGGGAGCGCUGCAUUUCAAACGUGGCAGCCGAAGACUGAUCGACGUCUUUAUCAUCAACCUGGCUGCUUCUGACUUCAUUUUUCUUGUUACGUUGCCUCUCUGGGUGGACAAAGAAGCAGCUUUCGGACUGUGGAGGACGGGCUCUUUCCUGUGCAAAGGCAGCUCCUACGUGAUCUCAGUCAACAUGCACUGCAGCGUCUUGUUGCUCACUUGCAUGAGCAUUGAUCGCUACCUGGCCAUCCUGCGCCCUGCCACUUCCAGGAAAUACAGAAGGAGAGACUGCGCCUAUGGAAUCUGCGCCAGCGUCUGGUUUAUCUCCUGCCUCCUGGGGUUGCCUACUCUUCUGUCCAGGGAGCUCACGCUGAUUGAGGACAAGCCAUACUGUGCAGAGAAGAGGGCAACACCAAAUAAGCUGAUGUGGGCCCUGGUGACCUUAAUUUUCACCUUUUUUGUCCCCUUGCUGAGCAUUGUGACCUGCUACUGUUGCAUUACGAGGAAGCUAUGUGCACAUUACCAGCAGUCAGGAAAGCAUAACAAAAAGCUGAAGAAAUCUAUAAAGAUCAUCUUUAUUGUUGUGGCAGCCUUUGUCCUUUCCUGGCUGCCCUUCAAUACUUUCAAGCUCCUGGCUAUCAUCUCUGGAUUGCAGCAAGAACUCUACUUUUCCACAGCCAUUCUUCAGCAGGGCAUGGAGGUGAGUGGACCCUUGGCAUUUGCCAACAGCUGUGUGAACCCUUUCAUCUACUAUAUCUUCGACAGCUACAUCCGCCGGGCCAUCCUGCGUUGUUUGUGCCCUUGCCUGAAGAACCAUGACUUUGGGAACAGCACUGAAACGUCGGACAGUCACCUCACUAAGGCUCUUUCCAACUUCAUUCACGCAGAGGAUUUUGCCAGGAAGAGGAAGAGAUCUGUGUCACUCUAG